GGUUCAUACGUUCAGUGAUGCCUCUGCAGCCCACAGACUGAGCGGUACAGGAAGAUACUACGCUCUGCGGGACCGUACCGUGCAAGUGACGAGCCGUGAUCAGUGCUGACUUCAGAUCAUUUUAAAGGAAACAAGGAGAUUUGAGCGGAAAUCACAGGAUUACUCUUUCAGGGGCUGCCGGACGGACUCCGCUCAGACAAGGUGCAGAAAUGUGGAAACACAGACGGCAAGGAGUGCGGAAUUGAGAAACUGGAAAAAAAGAUGCCAAAGAUGAAACAAUAAAGCAGAGCUAGAUUUGGGGCCUGUGCAGACUUUCUGCAGAAGCAGUCGGGUGCACAAGCCAACCAGGCCAAAAUGACCAUGAAAGGCCUGUCCAACAGCCGCAGUCACCACACAGUGACCUGCGACCCCUCUUAUGACUCCAUGACUCUGGGGCACGCCGACCGCCGGUCCUACUUCCUCAACCAAGGGGAAGCUCAUCCCACUGAAAACCCCUGCUACACACAGCGGAGCGCCUUUCAGACUGAGUGCAGUGCCUAUCCUGACCUGACCAGCUGUACUUUCCCUCGCAGACAUUACAGCUCCCACCAUGAGCUGAAGGAAGAGUGCAGCGCCUUGGUGCCUUACACCGGGCCUACGGGGAGCUGUAAGGGAAGCGGAGGGAACAACAACAACCGCAUACCGUCAAACUUGCUCGAGCAGUUCGAGACCCAAGCUCCGUUGAGACGCGAAGGCUACCACACGCUGCAAUACAAGCAUACGGCAUUGGAGCACCAACGCAGCGACAGCCCUGGUCGAAUUCGCCACCUCGUGCAUUCUGUGCAGAAGCUUUUCACCAAGUCCCACUCUCUAGAGGGGCCCUCGGGCUCUGGAGGAGGUGGGAGCGGAAAGAUAAAUGGCAGCAAAUCCAGCCCAGAUGAUCCUCCCUCGUGCUCUGGGACCCUCAAGCACAGUAAGCGUAGUAAGAGCAAAGACCGCUCCAAGUCAGAACCCAAGAUGCGUACAACUACAUCAGGGUACUGGAGCUCAGAUGACAUGCUUGACCGGGAGGUGUGUCUGUACCAUCACCACCAAGGGGGUGGCAUUGGUUCCAUGCCUUCAGGGGUCAUGACUAUUGGACGCCACCCAGAUAAAUCCCAGUCACAAUAUUUCAUGGAGUCCUACAACACCAUCAGCGCCCAGUCACUCAAGACGUCACGCAGCAACAACGACGUCAAGUGCUCUGCGUGCUCAGGUGGCAGCAGUGGAGGUCUGCCGCUAAUGAGUGCCCUCGAUGGACAAGUCCAGCUGAAGAAGAGCUCAUGGUCCUCUACGCUGACGGUGAGCAGAGCGAGGGAGGUGUACCAAAAGGCCUCUGUCAAUCUAGAUAAAGCUCUCGUCAAAGCCGAGCCAGGACGCACUUGCCAUUUCUUACAGGUGCCUCAGGAUGACUGGAGCGGCUUCUCUCCAGUGGGGAAGGAUGAUGAGAUCCCUUGCCGGCGAAUGCGCAGUGGCAGCUACAUCAAGGCCAUGGCAGAGGAGGAUAGUGGCGACUCAGAUUGCAGCCCUAAGCCCUCGCCCAAGGUCCAGGCACGGCGAGCCAGCUACCUGAAGGCCACACAGCCUUCUCUUACUGAAAUGACCACGCUCAAGAUUUCCACGGAGCACUCGCCCAAGCUGCAGAUCCGAAGUCACAGCUACCUGCGGGCGGUGAGCGAGGUUUCCAUCAACAGGAGCCUGGACAGCUUGGACCCAGCGGGGCUGCUGGCCUCGCCUAAAUUCCGCUCCCGCAACGAGAGCUACAUGAGAGCCAUGAGUACCAUCAGUCAGGUGAGCGAGGUGGAGGUGAACGGGCAGAUAGAGGCGGUGUGCGAGUCGGUGUUUAGCGAGAUGGAGUCGCAGGCGGUGGAUGCCCUGGACCUGCCCAUGCCCGGCUGCUUCCGGAUGCGGAGCCACAGCUACGUGCGUGCCAUAGAGAAGGGCUGCUCACAGGAGGAGGAAGAGGGCGUCGUCGCGCUACGCGAGAGGGGGAUGGACUCCCCCCCGCGCACCGCCACCACCGUCCGAACCAUUCAGAGCAGCACAGUGUCAUCAUGCAUCACUACAUACAAAAAGACGCCUCCACCUGUGCCGCCAAGGACCACCCCGUCCAAACCGUUCAUCUCCAUAACGGCCCAGAGCAGCACCGAGUCAGCCCAGGACGCAUACAUGGAUGGAGGCUCCAGCCAGCGGGCCGGCAUCAGCUCCCAGCAGGGGCUCUCCAACUCCACGGAGAGCAUCGACAGCAUGAAAGCCCUGACGGCGGCCAUCGAGGCGGCCAACGCUCAGGUACACGGCCCCGCCAGCCAGCACGUCACCAACAGCACCAUCACCAUCACCGCCACGGCAACCACCUCUGUCACGGCCGACACCAAGGCGCAGAGAGAAGCGCUCAGAAAGUGCCUCUCCAUCGGGAUUCAGGUGGACCCGGAGGAAGGAGGGCCAACAGACGAGCAAUCGAAAUUCCAGUCGAUAGGAAUUCAGGUGGAGGAUGACCGAUGUCACCGCAGGAUGACCCGGUCCAACAGCGUGACCACAGCUGUGCAGGCCGACCUCGAUGACCCGGCUGAUGCCCCUGAGCUCCCGCUGCGGCAGUAUGCCACCAUGCCGCGCCAGCUUUCCCGCGACGCCGCCACCUCCACCGUCAGCAUCCAGGGCUCCGGGAACCACUACCACGCCUGUGCCGCCGAUGAGUACGGCGAGGUGGGCUUCGACCCAUCCAUCCUGCCUCCCCCGGAUCCCUGGAUGGACAGCGUGCCCGAGCCGGCGGCAACAGUGGAGGCCCUGGAGGCCGUGAGCAGGUCGGUGUGCCCCCGUGACGGGCGCUGGUUCCUCAAGCUACUGCAAGCCGAGACGGAGCGUAUGGAGGGCUGGUGCCGACAGAUGGAGCAGGAUGAAGUGGAGAAUGAGCUGCCUGAUGAGGUCCUAGGGAAGAUCCGCAGUGCAGUGGGGAGUGCCCAGCUGCUGAUGUCCCAGAAGUUUCAGCAGUUCCGGGAGCUGUGUGAGGAGAAUCUGAAUCCAAAUGCACACCCGCGGCCCAUCUCCCAGGACCUGGCGGGUUUCUGGGACAUGCUCCAGCUGUCCAUCGAGAACAUUAGCCUGAAGUUUGACGAACUCCACCAGCUCAAAGCCAACAACUGGAAACCUCUGACCCCCCCAGAAAUUCAGGAGAGAAGGAUGCCCCCCCCUGUGCCAAAGAAGCCCCUGAAGGGCCAUCCACCUCUGGCUAGGGACCGCUCGCUGGAGAGCUCCGAGCGCCAGCGCCUGGAGGCUCGCAAACGCUUGCUUGCUGCCAAACGUGCCGCGUCGGUGCGGCAGAGCUCGGCCACUGAGAGCGCAGACAGCAUCGAGAUCUAUAUUCCCGAGGCUCAGACCAGACUCUGAGACACACGGAAGCGCGUACGCCUACACGUCUAAUAUUCGACACUGUUUCAUAAACACUGUAGUAGCACUGAAUGGUAAGGCUAGGGUGCUAGCAUUAAUAUAAUCACCUUUUCUGCCGACUUUCCAGAUCACUGUGGGCUCACUCGCCGUGGAGGGUGUCUGAACAAGAAUUGUACAUUUACAGUAUUUAUUGAAUUAUUUAUAUAUCUCACGCUCAUUUCCUUUUUCCCAGCUUCGAUGUAGCAAUCCUGUUCAUCACUCACAAAGAUUUGUCUAAAAAAACAAAAGAAAAAAAAAAAACCACUUCUGUUCAUAUACAUGAGAAAGAGAUCACGUCCUUGGCACUUUUACACAUUUUGUCACACUACAAUCACCAAUUUCAGUGUUUUACUCUGAUUUUAUGCCAUAUUGCAGCACGGAGUAUUGCUUUUACAAAAAAGCCAUUCCCCACCAUGUUUCACGGUGAAAAUUGCGUGUUUACAGAGUUAAUAUUCUGCCGUGCGUAGUGUGUUGCAUCUCCACAGCAUGAUGCUGACACCGCCAUGUUUCAGUGUGGGACAAGUGGGUUCACAAUUCUAUUUCAUAAUAUAAAGUGAAAAAAAAAAGACAAAAAAAAUCACAAUUUUACUUUUCCCCAAAAUGAAAAUCUGAAAAGUGCAAUAUGUAUUUGAAUUAAUAUCAUCGUACUGUACAUCAAUCUCUGCCCAACCUCAUGUAUCUUGGCUUCGAUCUGGAAAGUGCACACCUAAGACUUUGUUAAAACAAGACCGCCGUCUGGAAACGGUCUGUAUUUUAGAUGUUGUUUGGGGAAAAGUUCCACUUUUAGACGGCACUGCAUCACUGUUUAGACAACACCGCCAAGAAGCCUUGAAUCUGCUGCAGUUGUCGUGGCAGGUCUCUAUGUGGCGUCGAAAUUUGUAUCCGCUUUGACACGAUGAACCAGUUUAAGACAUCGCCGUAUCAGAAGAUGUCUUAAACUGAAAAGAUUGAGUAGCGCUAACCACCUUCCUUUUUUUUUUUUUUUAACUGUUAUCGCCUGUGCAUACGUAGAACAAAUCCUGCAGCUGUGCGUUCUGCACGUGUGCCCUUUCACACCUGCAGAAUACUUCACACCUCUGUUGGGGGUGUUCCGGAAAAUUCCCCUCUUAAGACCAGGUCUCCUCACCAGAGACGUGUAAACAAGCGGCUAGAUCGCAACAGAAACGUUUGGGUUUCACCUAAAACCAUCUCCGUUCAAACACCGUUGUCCACUUGACAGAUUCUCACACCUGAGCUUUGGAACUCUGCCGCUCCCCCAGAGGUAUGCUAUAGUGUUAUCUAACAAACUUCAAACAUAAGGCUUACAGAAUAGUCAUAUUCAAUUUGACAUUCAAUUAGACACGAGUGAAGUCUCAUUUUUAAUUAAUUUUAUUUAGAGGUAUCAGAAUAAAGAGGGCUAAAUACAAAAAUCACACCACGCUUUUCAGAUUUCUGCGUGAAAAGUGUUUGUAAACAUGUGUAUUGUUUUCCAUUCACAUCACCAUCACGUAAAACGUGAAUAUUUGCGGCUGCAAUGUGACGUUAAAAACAGUUCAAAACAUUUGAAUACUUUUGCAAGGCCGUGUGUUUGUCACAACUAGAUGUCUUUUUGGGCUUCAUUGGAGCAGAUCGAAAGGCUGGAUCUACAUGAGGCCAAGUGGUUGGGACUGCAGUCCUUCAUUUGAAGGAGCCACAGGCUUAAAUCUGUGUGUGUUUGAGUGUCAUAAAGAGUGUGUGCUUUCGUUCAGAUCUCAAAAGUGCUUCCUAUUUUUCUAGAGCCUAAAGAGUCCUGACUGUCAAGGUAGCAGCAUCAUCAAACGGAGUCUGUCCUGUUUCAUCUUAACUCAGUGAGACGUCUGUAAAAAAGGAAACACAAGUAUAACGUAACAUGACUCGCAUGUGGACGUUUUUUUUGUUUUUUUCUUUUUCUUUAGGUUUAUUCCUAACCAAGUGUUGUGUUCACACACCUCCUGUAUAUCAGACUUAAGCUAAAAAUACUGAUAUUUGGUACAUUAUAAUGUAGUUGUACUAUAUUUUUCUUAAAUGUCAUUUUUAGCCAACAGACGUCUUGGUAUAAUUGAGUCUAGAGAAGUGGAAAGGGACUAUUUCUCCUCACUGUGUGUGCAUCUCUGCCUCCAAAUGAAGCAAUUACUGAAGGUCAUACAGAAGAAUCCUAUUUCUAAUAUUUUGUAUUCAUGUUUAAUUUAUUGAUGGGGGAGGGGUGAUUGUUUAUUGACAUUGUGAUUAUUAUUAUAAAUAUUAAUAUGCACUAACUAUACGGCCCUUAUACUGUGUUUGGGUUUUGUUUAUUGGCUCGUCUGCAUGAAAGGCACCUUUUGGGUUUUUUCUUCUGUUUCUGUGAUAAGCCUUAAUUUCUACUACAAUAGUUGAGCACAACAGCAGUCUCAGGGGGAGGGGCAUGUUGAGUGUGUGUGUGUGUGCGUGUGUGGGGGUGAGUGAGUGACUGUGAGUGACUGUGUGUCUUACUUCACGUGAGUGUGUUUUAGUAAAUCAGCAAAUUCAAAUUUCAUAGAAAAGUUAAUUUACUACAGACAAAUUGAAAAUUUAACAUGGAAUAAUUACACACAGGGUGAAAUAUUUCAAUGGUUUUUUAUUUUAGUAAAUUUGAUCAUUUUAUUCCAAAGUUUGUUUUUCUACACAUUCAGAGGGGGAAAUUUUGACUUGCCAGUGUUGCAUUUACACAAGAUAGAAAAGUUCAUUUCUGUAGAAGCUGCCUGGGUUGAAGCAUAUUAAGGAGAAAUUUAGUGAAAGGAAAAACUGUUGCAUAGGCUAUAAGUAGAUGAAUCUUUUUAGAAAAAAAAAGAUCUUGUGAAAUAUUUAAAUUCAAACUAAAAUAUUCAUAAUUUCCUAUAAAGUGUCAUCUUUAAAAUUAGCUGGAAUAUAUUACUCUGUGUCUAAUGAAUGGCUGUAUGAAUUUAACAUUUAAUUACUGCAUUACAUAUGUAUUACAUAUUACGUCUCUAUGCUAAUCUAAUUUAUUGAACUGCACCUCUACUGUAUGUGACCCAAAGUUCCAUCUCUUGUUGCGUUUAAUCCUUCUCAUAAGGAUUAUCCCACAUAAACUGAAAAUAAUUUCUGCCAUAUUCUGAACAAUUUCGAUGUUGGGGACACUUGACCCGACUUUCUUCAACUGUAACAAGGUAUUUCAGUCAGCUGCUUGAAUGUGGAGACAAUCCCGAUCCGGCCUGUAGUCAUUCUUAUUAGUUUAGCUAACCAAACAGCAGGAUGUCAUGUGCAAUUUAGUUGUCCAUGUUGAUCUGAUGAUGUUUGUGCCAUUGAAUAUGCGGGAAUACAUUUGAUUCUGCUAUUUUACCUUACAAAACGGCUACCUUAAGUUUUCAUUGAGAAAAAAAAAAGUCAUUUGUGACAGAAGUGAUGAUGUAAUCUUACAAUUUGUAUUUCUUUUUUGCUGGAUGGAUGAAAUUUUAGAGAAUACACAUAAUAUAUUCGGUCAAGACCAUUUUAGUUUUUUUUUUUCCAUUUCUUUUUUAUAUACUUGUAUUUGCAUUAAAUUGUCUGGUAAAAAAAAGAUAGAACCUCUAUUUCUGUUUUUUUAGUAUAACAUAUCAGUAUAAACCUCCUCGUAUAGCAGGGAACUAGAAACCAGAAUGUUGAAUUGUGGGCAACAAUCUUGACAUUUCUGAAGCUUGUGAUGUACACCAGCAUCUCAAUAAAUUAAAAUAUCUUUGAAAACUUUGCCUAUUUUGAUAAUUCAGUUUAAAAAGUGAAACUCAUAUGCACUCAUUACGCAGUGAUAUAUUUCAAGCUUUUAUUUCUACUCGUUUUGAUGAUUAUCACUUAACACUAUUACAAUUUCAACCAAAAUUGAAUUGGUAUUAACGUUGCAUAACACCAAAUAAAAAUAACUUCUAAUAUCAGGGUUACUGAAAGCAAUGUAAAUGUACAUCAGUGUAUAUACACUCAAUACUUGGUUGGGGCUCCUUUUGCAUGAACUGCCGGUGUCUCUGUAGUUUAACAGAGUUCAGGUCAGGCAGGUUUCCUGGCCAGCCAAAAAUAGCAAAACUUCUGUGAUUGAAUAUUUGAAUGGACUUUGCUUCACCGAUACCUUUAAGCCAUCAGUUACCUGUGUACUCUUUCACUUUUCUUUACGCGUUUUACUGACUUUUCACUGAACUUUCAAUGCGAGUUUCUCUUCCACAAGAAGAUCGCUCUUCUUGUGGAAGCUGUCGGUGACAACUGUUGGAUAAUCAUCAUGUCUGCAGUCUUCUCAGCGAUGGCAUUACCCAAAGCUUCAAGCACUUUGACUUUUUCCAGCAUGUUUUACAUCAUAAAGCAAAAACAAAUAUUUUUUUAUCCAGUUCAAAUUUCGAAGUGUGAUGUUUUUAAAAAGUAACAAAACAAAAGGGUCCGUUGGGGUCGAGAUUUUGUUUUUUUUUUCUUAUUUCAAGUUGCAUCCAGGUUUUGAGUUAAGAGGUCUGUGGGCCAGCAGCAGAAUUUUCUGAGAAACUUGAUUCUCUGAAAUGAUGGGCGUUCAUUAGCUGAAAGACAUAAUCAUUCAAAUUAAGAGACAUAAAGGCUUUAAAUAUCACUUAAAUUGUAAAAUUACAUGAGUUUCACGUUUUGACUCGAAUAGCUGAAAUUCAACUUUUUGACGAUAUUAUAAUUUGAGGUGCACCUGUGGUUGGUCAGAUAAAUAUUUGUACAUAAAUGAAUGUUUCCCUAUGUAAAAUGUAAACUAAAACACGUGAACAACACACUGAACAGAUAUACAUUUUGUAAUUAUGUUAUUACACUGUUGAUGUUAUGGCACAUGUAUAAGCUCUUAUCAGCAUUAAAGAAAAAGAGUCAUUGCUGUUA